UACUGUGUAAAGAUAUUAUCAAACCCCAUUUCCACCCGCUUUGCACCGUCUUCCACCGUCUUGCACUGCUUAGUGGUGGCCAGUGUGCCAGUGUGCCUAUGUGCCAGGCGUGGGAAGGAAAAAAAACAGGAUUCCAUGGUUUUGAUCUCCCGGGAGCAGUCAGGCCCCGCGGGAGUCCGCGCUCUUCUACUUUCGCCCUCUUUCGCUCUUUCGCUCUUUUGGCGUCCUGGGCGUUCUGGCGUUCUGGCGUUCUGGCAUCCGGGCGUCCGGGCGUCCGGGCGUCACCGCAGUUCCCCCCGGCCCAGGACACCAGGGCCCCAAGGAACCUCCCGCCGCUUGCCCUGCCUGCCUGGCCUGCCUACCUACCUCUUCACUUUUAACACCUGCACUUGCUACUUACUCUUUGCUCUUUUGAGAAGAUUAUGCAUAUCGUCCAAUUGUCCAGGUGUCCCGGUGUCCGGGGUAUUUACAGAGUACGUAUCCUAUCAUCCUCAAAACUAGAAGACAACCAACAACAUAUUUACCUCCAAUGUUCAGUCUUCACUGUUCCUGUUCAUUGGUCCCAU